AUGUCUUCUUCCAAUGCCAGCCAGCAGAGAGAUAGAAUAUUUACACAGCAAUACCAAUGUAAUCAAUGUGUCUUGUUUUUUGAUAACUACCAGAAGCUGCAAAACCACAAGAGAAUUCACAGAGGAGAUUCAGCAACAAUGACUGAAAUUGACCAGUCUAUUCUGGAUGAUGUUGACAUGUACCAUGACGAAAAUGAUACUAGUAAUGAAGAUGAAUCUGUUAGCAAUUCAGAAUAUACUAUGGAGUCUAUGAAGCUUAAUAAUACUAUUUCAUAUAAGUGUGCAUGUAAUUUUGAGGACAGUGAGAGUAAAGCUCACAUUUACGAUAACAGCCAAAUCAGUACAAAUACUUUUACAAAGGCUGAGUUUAUGAAACCUGGGGCUAAGAUCAGUCAUGGUGAAACUGUUGAUGUUUUGCUCAAGUCAAAUUCAAGUGUCAAGGGCCAUAAGUAUGAUUCAGACACCAGCCGCCAGUAUGAAACUUAUGUCAGUAGGAAUAUACUUUCUCAAAUGUUGGCAGAUCCAGCCACAAGAGAACUCCUCUGUUACAGAGCAAACUGGGAAUCUGUAGCUGGUCAGCUAACCGACAUUUUUGAUAGUAACAAUUACAAGCAGUUGGUGCAGCAGAGCCUGUUCUCCAAUCCCAAUGAUAUUGCCAUUGGGCUUUAUACCAAUCGGUUUGUCAAUCAAAAGAAAGGCAAAAACUCAUAUACCAUCAUCCAUUGCAUAAUAUUCAACCUAGACCCAUCCAUCAGAUAUACCAACAAAUACCUUUUGCAAUUGGCAAUCUUGUCUGGCCCCAAGAAGCCAACUCAUUUGGACUCCUUUCUUAUACUCAUCAUCAAUGAAUUACGAGAUCUUGAGGCACAUGGCUUGGUUGUCAAGCACAAUGGAGUGGAGCUUUGCAGAUCCAAGGUCUAUCUACUGCUUGCUUCUGGCAAUAUUCCAGCUGUAGCUGAUAUGGCCCACAUUGGUUCCCAUACAAGUUUAUUUGGUUGCCGUUUUUGGGAGACCAAAGGCAAAUGCCCUACUAACAGACGGCAUGGCAUGUACUUUGAUGACAUUUCCGCCCGGUUAAGACCUUUGGAAGACUUCAAAGUAGGCAACCCUUCAAAGAACAUAUACCAGCCGAGCAUAUAUACCCAACUCUCAACCUUCUCUGGAUCAUUAUUUUUUGCAUUAGAUGAACUUCAUUUAAUUGCAAGAGGGAUUGGAAAGCUUGUGUAUGACCUGAUUACCGUCACCCUCACAAAGGAAACCAAAUUUUAUUAUACCCAUCCAGACAAUACCCUCAAUACUACCAAAUACCCUUUUCAUAUACUAAGAGCAGACCUUGUAACAAUUGGAAACUGUAUCACCAGCUCACGAAAAUAUAUACCUACCUCAUUUCAAGGCAGUUUUGACAACAUAUUUGUCAAGAUCGAUAGUACUUGCGCAGUUGACUGGCUUAACUUUCUCUUAUAUCUUGUCCCCACUUUGGUCGUGCCUUAUUUACCAAAUAGGGCUGUCAAAACAGCUCUAUUAUCUCUUGUGAAAGGCUGCGCACUUGCCUUGCAAUGGACAUUGACAUCAGAAUUGCUUGAUGAAAUGGAGUCGAAACAGCAAGGCCCCCUGCAAUGCUACUUCACUCGCUCAAUGGAGAGAGUAAUUGGUGUCUUCUCAAAAUUGAUAAAGUUCAAAUCAAAGGGUGGCCAAAAUGCCAGUUUUCUCAUUAAGCGAUUUGCGAUUCACAAUUAUACCAGCAUGGCGAUCAGUAUCUGUGAUGAAGUCAAUCUCACUCGGCCAAAGCUGUAUGGAAGAGAGAGCUACAUGGACCUUCCUAAUGAUUCUAGUGGUGUGCAGUUGUGGGAGCCAUUUCAUCAGUUUGCUAAUUUGAAUGAUGAUUCGGUGGAAGGUGUAGGCGGCCCUAGUGUGAAGGAAGCUUUAUUGAAAUAUUACCAGAGAACAACAGGCUUGACUAGCCACGAGUUUGGUGACUCUGUUGUUGUUGUAGCUGCACGUCUGUGGAUGAACUCAACUAUAUAUUCCUCAUGCAUGUACCAAAGAAAGAAAAACAAGACCAGCCGUAGCAACCAUUACGUGAUGUUUACUUGCCCCUAUAGAAACAACCAUAAUGUAAUUGUUCACAGCUGGCUUGUUGGUACAGUACAGUUCUACUUUCAGCAUGUAGAUUUCCAUGGCUUCCCACACUUUCUUGCUUUUGUGGAGGUCAUGAAGGAACAUGACGUGGCUGGCCAUGACUCAUCAGUACCUAUCAUUAAACAACAGUCACAAAGCACCUGUACACUAGGCCACCAAACACAACCGACUUAUGCAGUUAUAAGUGUAAAUGAUAUUUGUCAUCAAGUUGGUCUGGUCCAAUACCCACCAAAUGGAAACCAGUUUUAUAUAAUUGCACCCUAUUAUAUCUUUAACAACAACAUGCACAUUACUAAAGGCAAUCUUUCCAUUCUGUAA